AAAGAGAGAUGGAGAGGGAGAUCUUGGGGUAGCAAAGUAGAAGAAAAGAGCGGGAGGAUCUUCUCCUCUUUCAUUUCCACCCUCCUCCUCUCUCUCUCUUCCUCCUUUAUUAUAAAUUUUAAAAAAAUUAAUAAUGGAGGCUGAAGGAGUUCCCAUACCCUCCAUGUCUGCAUCUCAUCCACCGACUUCCGAUGAUCAUCCUGAUUUCUCACCGGCCGGAUCUCCUGACCUCGCCGACGAACAGCACCAGCAGCUUCUGAUGCCCUCCGAUCAGCCUGCUGUCACUCUUUCCGAUGAUCUCCGCGACAAAAUCAUUAAGCAGGUGGAGUACUACUUUAGUGAUGAAAAUUUACCUGCAGACAAGUUUUUGAUGAAGUAUGUGAGUAAAGACAAGGAUGGCUAUGUUCCUAUUGGAGUUGUGGCUUCUUUCAAAAAAAUGAAGAAGCUUACAAGAGACACAUCCUUGAUAGUGUCUGCACUCAGGCAAUCUUCUCUUCUUGUUGUUAGUAACAGUGGGAAGAAGGUGAAACGAGUUCAACCUCUUCCAUCAACUGAGGCCAAGGACCCAAUGCUUUGCACUGUUUUGGUGGAAAAUUUACCUGAUGAUCACUCUGUGGAGAAUCUUCAGAUGGUAUUUGGUGUAGCUGGAAAUAUAAAGCACAUCACACUUCGUGAUCCGCAUGCUGCAAGGGAGUCCAGAAAAGUAACAACUGCAGAGAAGCUGCUUAGUGGUAAGUUGCAUGCUCUUGUGGAGUACGACACAGUGGAGGCUGCAGAAAAAGCUGUGGCUCAUUUAAAUAAUGAGCAGGAUUGGCGAUAUGGCCUGCGGGUCAAACUUUUAAAGAAAAAGACCAAAGAAGUCGGGAAAAAAGUAUGGAGGGAAGUCGAUGCUGAGAAGAACAUUGUCCAAGCAUCUAAUACAGCUGUAGAAGAGGAAAACAAUGAUUCAAGUGAUCACCAUGAUGAUUCUCAUGAUGAAGAGGAGGGGGAUCACUUAACAAAGGAUAAAAGUGGGGAACACCCACGAAAGGAAAAGAAUGGGGACCAUCUGCACAAAGAGAAUAAUGGUCAAAGGAAUCGACAUCGAGGGCGUGGAAGGAGACAGAAAUAUCAUGGCACAAAUGGACAUGGCCAUGGAACACCACCUUCGAGUCAUGUUGAGCCCUCGAAGCCACCACCAGGCCCGAAAAUGCCGGAUGGUACCAGAGGAUUUACCAUGGGGCGAGGCCGACCUCUGGUGUCAAAUGCAAUCUAAUCGGCAUUCUUUUAUCCUUGUUUGUUGAUUGUAAUCCUUGUAUGAUAGCAUUGAUCCUUCCUUGUGCAACGCUUAGUGUUUUUUGGUUGAUUUGCCGGUGUAUCUGUAAUGGUUCACUGCCGUGCCUGGUGGUGGUGCAAAGUAAAAGAUUUGGAAAGAACUGCAGUCUAUGAAUGGACUGUAUUGGAAGGAACUUUGUGCAUGCUUUGAUAAUUGCAAUUGCAACGUGGUUGAUCUUUUCAGUGAA